GGCCGGGGACGUUUUGGCCCAUGUCGCUGCGUCUCCUCAUUCACAACGCCCACACGCGGACGGUCAAGUACGGCAAUGAACCGUUUCUAGAGUUUGCAGGUUAUGGGACACCUUUGCUAGCGGCGCAGCUUGCUCAGUUCCCGCUCUCCUCGUUGGUAGUCCCGCUCGACUCGUCACCGCUCGCGUUGUCGGUCACGCCCUCACCAGACUCGACCGCUUUUCCUCCGGCCCACGUUUGGAUCCUUGUCGGGUUUUCCAAGUGGGUUGCCUGCGAGACUUCGUCGGGUUGGCUCAACGAGACUAAUGUCCUGGUAGCUACAGCUGUUCUGCGGCUCCUGACCAGCGAGGAAGUCGGCGGCGCUGAGCCUCCGCCUCUCCCUCCCAUCACGUCGCUCAACUCGACUGCCUCCAAGCUGCACAACCUGCGGUCGGCAACUCGUCUGCCGCGCCCGCGCUCGUCGUCAUUGCCCUCAGCAGACUCGCUCUUCGAGGCCUCAAUCAUUCGUGCGUCCAUGACCGACUUUGCCAUGCGCUCGCCAGUCAAGCACUCGAUCAAGAGCCACCUCAUGCGCAGGCAACACACCUCGGUCCUCUCUGCUCGCAAGCUCGCCCCGAGUCCGUCGCUGCUCACCGACGAAUCGGCCAGCUCGCUCGGCGGCGAAUCGGCCGAUUUACUCGACUACCAGAGUGCAUACCGCGAGCCACCCAACCCCGCGUCACCGCUCGGCGUCUCCAUCUCACUCAAGCGUCGCGGCUUUAACAGCCGCUUCUCGUCGCCAAAGCGAUCCAUGUCCGAGGCCGUCAUGGCUGGAUGCAUCAGUCCCAAGCAGCAACGGUCGCGUACAUCGUCGCUCCGCGAGUCGAGCCUUCUGCCGCACUCCCGGUCAUUCAUGACCUCGCCGUCGUCGAGCAAGCACGACCUUUCUUUCAAACGUUUCCGCCUCUCCAGCCUCCCGGAUACCUCGGAAGAAGCAAGCUUGGAUGGCGGUAGACCGUCGCAGCCAUUGUCGACGUCGCGGUCAACGAGCUCCUCGAUGGGCUCGCUUGACUCGGGAGUCUCAACAACCAAGGGCAAGAGUAGUGCUGGUUCGGGCACCAGCUCCAAGUGCGGAAGCGCCAGCGAUGUCGACGCCGCCGGCACCGCCGACUCUGCGAGUCAGCUGGCUAUCGAUGUGAUGGCGAUGCCUGGCGAGUCCAGUGGACACUCGCCCAACUCGGUCACCUCGAGCGAUUCGCCCCGCAACACUGAGUUUGUAGCCCUUGGCAUCGACAAGUGGGUGCCGCCCGAACCCGACUCGCGCUCGUCGCAAGCCAUACUUCCGCCGCUCGCGGCUACGUUUGCGCGCGGCCAGCCGCCCGAGAUUCCACCGGAGGACGUGCUGCCAACCUUUUUCGCCAUGCUCUUCGAGUCCCUCCCGCCCAAUUCCUACCUGCUCGUCAUCCAGCAGACUCCCGAUGGCGAGCUCAUUUCCCAGGCGUCACCCGAAGCUGCUCUCGUCCUCGAGUCGGACUCGCUCGUCGGGACCGACGUGUGGAAGUCUGUUCAUCCAGACGAUCUCGAGUUCAAAGACACGAUGUACGCGGCGGCGGCGGCCGAGGGUGCUAGGCCCGGUUCGCGAUUCACCUGCCACGCACGCUACCGUCGGUUCACCAACUCGGGUGCACUUGUCAUGAUCGACGCCACUAUUUUCCUUGUCAAAACCGCGACGUCUGCGGCCGUUAUGGGCGUGCUCGAAGUGGACAACACGUCUGCGCUGGUCUCGCUCGCCAACGCGCGGCGGCUGACCUCGCUUGUCGGCUCGCUCGAUCUCGGCGUGCUCCUUGUCUCGCGCCCUCCGCCGCAUGAGCUCGACCCGGCGAGCAUACUCGAGGUCGCUAUCCUCGACGCCACGGUCUGUCUCACCAUCAACUCGCGAAUGGCCGAGUUUCUCGACCUCCCGCUGAACAUCGACCUUGCGCCCCUGGCUGGAACCGCGCUCUCGGAGCUCGGCGCCUCGCUCGACUUUCUCUCGACGCUUGCCCCGCUGCUGCUCGCCGGCGAGUCUGUUCACGGCCGCGAGGUUGCUGUCCGCACCUCUGCCGAGAACGGCGGCAUUGUCGACGACGACUCGAUGGACUGUGGCGAGUCGCGCCCGGUCCGCUACUUUCGCAUGGACGUUGUCGCCAUCAUCGAUGAUGAGUACCUCAUCACCUACCAGGACGUCACGCCGGAGAAACAGCUCCUGGUAGAGACGGUCCGCAACUUUAAGCUCGCCUCGGAGCGCGAGUCGGACCAGAUCGAGCGGCAGGCGCUGCAGGAGUUCCUGCGGUGCACCUCCCACGACAUCCGCACCCCGCUACAAGGCGUCACCUCUGCCGCCCUCCUCCUCCAUUCAAACCUGCUCGAGUACGCCCCCGCCACCGAUGCGUGGGACGGCGCCACUUCGUUCCGCGACAGCUCGCCGUCCGACUCGUCGCCGACAGCCGACUCGGCGCCCAUCACGAUGACCAGUUCCGACGUCCGGCCUAACUCGACCUCGCCGACCUCGCCCGAGCCGCGCCGCCGGCCGUCGUCGGUCGCCGGCACGUUGGUGCCGCCGGACUCUGUGUCGCCACCGACGUCACCGUCCAAGGGUCGUCCGACCACCUCGCACUCGCUCAACUCGCACUCGUCCGACGGCGAGCUGCGGCGCAACCACUCAAUAAGCUCGGCGCGCUCGUUCGGCUCCAAGGGCCCGGCUGGUGGCGAUUCUAAUGACUCGUUCCGGCUCGACAUCGCCGACUCGCUCGAGCUCGUCGACAUCAUCUCAGCGUCGGCGCAGAUGGUUGAAAUGAUCAUCUCCAACGUCCUCGACGUCGAGGCCAUCAAGCACGGCGGCAUCGACCUGGAACUCGCGCCGUGUGCGCUCCUUUCGCGCCUCGAGGCUCUCAUCUCGGUCCUCCGCUACUCGACCUCACACAAGGCCAACGUAGUGCUCAACGUCACACUGCCCGAGUUCAUCCCGCCCGUCGUUUGCGACGCGCCACGGCUGUUACGGGCGGUCAUGAACCUCCUCACUAACGCCAUCAAGUUUACCGAAGAAGGCACGGUCGAGCUGGAGGUCCGCUUCAUGACAGCAAGCCCGGCCGACCAAGGCGAGAUCUCGGGCACGCUCUCGGCCACCAUUCAUUUCGUUGUCCGCGACACUGGCUGUGGCAUGUCGCCGGCUGAGCUGGCCCGCAUCGGCACGCUCUACGCCCACAAGCCAAUUGAGGAGGGCGGGGGCUCGGGCAUCGGCCUCUACAACGUCGUCCACUCGCUUGCAGGCAUGGGCUCGCAACUGCACAUCACCUCGGAGCCGGACGUCGGCACGACAGCCUCGUUCUCCAUCGUCUGCCCGCUCCAGCUCUCUGCACACACCGAGGGUGUGGAGCACCUCUCGCCGCGAAGCAAGAGCCCCGGGCGCAACUUUCCGCCCAUCGCCAUCCUCUCUCAGCCGUCUUCGCAUGACCACGUCGCCAACCUCGCCAUUCCCGCACCUGUAGCAUCCAUCAUAUCGUCGCCGACCAAGCCGGCCAAGCUGCGAGUGCGGACGACCAACAACCCGCGGGCGCGGCGCAAAUCGAUUUCGCAGCUGCUCUCGGGCGAAUCAGAGCCGUCGCGCCCGCUUGCGACGUCCACACCGCUGCAGACGGUUCCCGAGGCCGUCUCGCCAAAGAAGACAUCUCGGACCUCGAGCGAGCUGGCCGGCUCUGCGCCCGCCAGCAGCAGCGCCGACGCCGCGGCAGCCUCCCGCCCGUCGACAAGAUCGGCCCGCCCGCGCAACCGCGAUGGGCCGAUGCACGUUCUGUUUGUGGAAGACAACGUCAUCAACCGCAAGGUCGGCAAGCGGCUGCUGGAGAAGAUGGGCCACACAGUGACAGUGGCGUGCGACGGUGGCGAGGCCCAUGACAUGCUGCUCACCACAGAGACUCCGACAUAUGACCUGGUAUUUAUGGACAUUUCCAUGCCGGUCAUGCGCGGGACCGAAGUGACCGCCAAGUUCCGGGCGUGGGAGAAGGAGGCGCUCGCGGCUGACCCGUCGCGCCCGUACACCCCAAUUUACGCGCUUACCGGCAAUGUCACCGAGGAGGACCGCGCGGCAUGCUACGAGGCCGGAUGCGAUGGCUUUCUUACCAAGCCAUGCACGCCCGCCACUCUACAGCGCGCGUUUGACGAGGUCCGCUCCGCACUUCCCAUCGAACUCCUGCGCCGGCCCGGCGUGCCGUCGACGCCAACCACCCCGACGUCGCCGAUCUCGGUCUCAAUCACUCCGCGCCAUGAUGUCUCGGGCGUGCCCGACCUCCGCAUCGGUGGCGGCUCUCAGUCUUCGGUCUCAGUCUGUAUCUCGGUUGAGCCAGGUGGCACAAUCUCAGCGUCCCCCUCUCCCCGGACACUCUCUGUGGUCUCGUCUGACGCCGACUCGGACGAAUCUGACUUUCAGUCUUCGUCUACCGACGGUAGCUACUCUGAAGAGUGCCACUAAACCACAAAGCCGGA